GUUAAGCUCUUAUCCGAUGCCUCAGAGGACCUUAUUUCUUGCUUAAUCUCAGAUGCUAUCUUUUACUUCACACGAGCUGUAGCUGACACCCUUAAGCUCCCAAGGAUUGUUUUAAGGACUGGUGGUGUUUCCUCCUUUGUUGUUUUUGCAGCAUUUCCACUUCUCAGGGAUAGGGGAUACCUCCCCAUUCAAGAUUCUCAAUUAGAAAAGCGAGUGGAAGAGCUUCCACCUCUCAAAGUGAAAGAUCUUCCUGUGGUCAAUACCGAUGACCCAGAGGCAUUUUAUGAAAUUGUAGCUGGCCUGGUCAAUGAAACAAAGGCCUCUUCAGGAGUCAUUUGGAACUCCUAUGAGGACCUUGAACAGUCUGCACUGGUCACUCUUCGACAAGAAUUUCCCAUUCCAAUCUUCCCAAUAGGCUCAUUUCACAAAUACUCUUCAGCCUCUUCUUCAAGUAGCUUAUUAACCCAAGACCAGAGUUCCAUUUCCUGGCUAGACAACCAAGCACCAAAAUCUGUAAUCUAUGCAAGCUUUGGGAGCAUAGCAGCCUUGAAUGAAGCCGAGUUUUUGGAGAUUGCUUGGGGCCUAGCCAAUAGCAAGCAGCCCUUCUUGUGGGUGGUUCGACCUGGAUUAGUCCGUGGCUCGGAAUGGCUCGAACCACUGCCAAGUGGGUUCCUAGAGACUUUGAAUGGAAGGGGCCACAUUAUCAAAUGGGCUCCACAGCAGGAUGUGCUAGCUCAUCCUGCUUUGGGUGCAUUUUGGACUCACAAUGGUUGGAAUUCAACAUUGGAGAGUAUUUGUGAGGGGGUUCCCAUGAUUUGUAUGCCUUGUUUCGGUGACCAAAAGGUGAAUUCUAAGUACGUUAGCCAUGUUUGGAAGGUUGGGCUGCAGCUAGAGAGUGGGGUGAAGAGGGAGGCCAUAGAGAAGACUAUUAGAAGACUAAUGGUGGAGAAAGAAGGGGAGGAAAUUAGAGACAGAAUUUCAGAGUUAAAGGAGAAGGCAAAUCUUUGCUUGCAACAAGGUGGCACCUCACGCGAAUCCUUGGAUAGCUUGGUUACUCACAUAUCUAAAUUAGAAUCAUUCACCUUCAAAUCUCAUUGACAACCCUCUCUUCAAACGAAAUUGGAGAAAUAUAUCCUAUUUAUACUCGCUAAACAUG